CGCCGCAAUCAAUAGACGUUUAUUCAGUUGACAUUCCUUUAAAGUUUAAAAGCGAGUCCGUAUUAAGGCGUUGUCCUUUUACUUGUCAAGCAGUUCUUUGAAAAACCAUUCAGCAUGUCCAGCAGGAAGGCACGUGGCAGGAGUGGCACCACCAAGAAGAGGGCCCAGCGUGCCACCAGCAAUGUGUUCGCCAUGUUCGACCAGGCACAGAUCCAGGAGUUCAAGGAGGCAUUCAACAUGAUCGACCAGAACCGGGACGGAUUCAUAGACAAGGAGGACCUGCACGACAUGCUGGCCUCGCUCGGCAAGAACCCGUCCGAGGAGAGCCUGGAGGGCAUGAUGCGCGAGGCCCCGGGCCCCAUCAACUUCACCAUGUUCCUGACGCUGUUCGGGGAGCGGCUGCAGGGCACGGAUCCGGAGGAGGUGAUCCGGAACGCCUUCGCCUGCUUCGACGAGGAGAACGCCGGGAGGGUGCCCGAGGAGAGGCUCCGGGAGCUGCUCACCACCAUGGGGGACAGGUUCACCGACGAGGACGUGGAUGAGAUGUAUCGGGAGGCUCCCAUCGAUAAGAACGGGAUGUUCGACUACCUGGAAUUCACGAGGAUCCUCAAGCAUGGAGCCAGGGACAAGGACGACCAAUAGCUGCUCUCCAUUCCUGCAUUCUAACCGUCAGACGGCAGAAGCCCUCUCGAUGUAUCUUCGGCACGAAAGUUGAAAUUCGAGCUUCGUUCCAUUGUUAGGUUUAUUUUUUGAAUAAUGGGGGGGGGGGGGAAAUCCCCCGAUAAUGUCGCCAAAACCGGUCAGGGCAUUUCAUCUUUUUAUUUCCUGAAUAUUUUUAUGGUCGAUAGAACCGAGAUUUUAUCUUAAGAUCCAUCUUUUGUGUGUGAAAAAAAAAAUUGUUUAAUGAACUCUCUUAAUCCUUGUAAAAAAAGAAACAAUUUUUGAGUCCAGUGGUCGCCGCUUACAGGGCCCAAUACAGGCUGAUUUUGCUACCGUUUUUCGGUACUUUCACAAAAAUCAAGUAAUAAAAUCAGUAGUUUCACAAAAACAUCGAAAAUUUCACAAAAAUUCUCAUUCUAAAAUAUAAAAUUUGUUUCUCUAUUUAAAACAAAAUAUACUCAUAAAAUAAAAUUAUAAGCAGGUUUCUAUGAACAAUCCCUUAAAUAGAAACCUUUUUGUAGUAUUUUGACUAAUUUUUAGCUGUUUCACACCAAAGUGUGUUUAUGCAAUAUUAUCGCAAUCUUUCAACAUCUGUUUUAAGAACCGUUUUUCUCAUAAUUUCCUAUAUUGUACGCAGUACAUAGACCAGUAAGCUGAAAUUACGAUGGUAUUUUUCGUACUUCUUAGGUUUUCAGUACCCCCCCCCCCCCCAAAAAAAAAACGAAACCUGUUAAAAAUAAUACUAGAUGACAUUUACACUUUUCGAACUAAAAUUUCACUUGUUCCACUACUUCUUUUACAAAAAUUAGGAUGCGUCUAAAAUUUCACAAAAACAAUGCUGAUAAAAAAAAAUCUUUCACAAAAAUAGAAUGAUGCAAUACUUUCACAAAAAUAAGUAGCGAGAAAAAAAAUCCUGGAUUGGCCCCUGGCUUAUUUGAAUCACGUUUGUUCUAAACAGUUUUGAUUCCAUAAGUUAGCUUAUUCAAUAUAGCUGCUGAUUCAAUGAAGUUCGAUUGUGUUGUGUUUUUAACAAUUUGAUUCGUUAAAGCCGUUGAUUCAAUUAAACGGCGUCCACUGUACUUUCUUUUUCAAUGUUAUUUUGUGAAAAAAAAUUUUUUUUGCCAUAUCAUAAAGAAGAUGUUCAGCAAUCGUAGUUCUAAUAUGAAAUCUCUUAGGCCCUAAAUAUUUCGGUAGUAAUGAUUUGGAAAAUGAAUUUUUAAUCAUUUCUAAAAAAAUACUAAUGUCUUGUUUGUAGUCGAAUCGAUUGAACAUACAAGC